AUGGAUAUCGCCCUCGAAGUCUGGGACACCUUUAUUGGUGACCGCUUAUACGCCGCACUUCUCCCCGUCUCCCUUUCGUCCUCAGUUUCGUUUCCUGGCUUCAAUCAUGCGGCCAAUAGCAGCCUGUCCUUCUUCGGCGCAUCCCAGCCCUUCAUCUACGAACCGGCCACAUAUCUGAUCUAUCUGGAACCCUCGAAGUACGCGUACAUGAGUGCCUGGCCCAGGAACAACAUCUACCGCCAAUUCCUGAGUUUCUUCUUGAUUGUCUGGAUAUUCGGCCUUAUCACCUAUUUCAUAUCUGCAACACUAUCUUAUAUAUUUAUCUGGGACAAGACUACCGUUAAACACCCGAAGUUCCUCAAAAACCAAAUUCCCAUGGAGAUCGCACAGACCAUGGGAUCUAUGCCCAUCAUGUCUCUUCUGACUGCCCCCUUUUGGUCGCCGAGCAUUAUACAGUUCCCGUUGUUCAUUGCAUUCACCGAUUUCUGCAUCUACUGGAUCCACCGCGGCUUACACCAUCCGUUGAUCUAUAAGUCUCUACAUAAGCCGCACCAUAAGUGGAUUAUGCCCAGCCCAUUUGCCUCGCAUGCCUUCCAUCCGCUGGAUGGAUGGUCUCAGAGUGUCCCAUACCACGUAUUUCCAUUUAUCUUUCCACUUCAGAAGGUCGCCUAUGUUUUUCUCUUCGGAUUUAUCAACCUCUGGACCGUAUUGAUCCAUGACGGCGAAUAUGUUGCCAACAGCCCGGUCAUCAAUGGAGCUGCCUGCCACACAAUGCACCAUCUUUACUUCAACUAUAAUUAUGGGCAAUUUACCACACUAUGGGAUCGAUUGGGAGGGAGUUACCGGAAACCAAACGAGGAACUUUUCCGCCGUGAGACAAAGAUGGACAAGGAGGAAUGGAAGAAACAAACCAAAGAGAUGGAGUCUAUCCUCAAGGACGUUGAGGGAGACGAUGAUCGCAAAUACCUAGUCGAAGAUGAGUCUAAGAAGGACCUGUGA